AUAAGAUUGUAGUAAAACGUAGUUUUUUUUUCUACCAAUUCAUUAUUUUCUUUUAUUUUGUAAAAAAAAUAAAAGAAAAUAAUAAAAGAUGGGUUAUUACAUUUCAAUGUUUGUGGUUGCAUUUCUAGUAUUUUUUGCUUCGUCCGUGGUUCUAGCCACCGAUACAGAUCCUAUUCCAGAAAACAGAGCUCAAAUCUCGCAAUGGUUCCAGACCAAUGUUAAACCCUAUUCCCAGAGAAAGGGCACGCUAGACCCAGCUCUCGAUGCUGCUGAAGCAUCACGACGUGUCAUCACCGUGAAUCAAAAAGGAGGGGGAAACUUUAAGACAUUAAACGAAGCGAUCAAGAGCAUUCCGACAGGAAACAAGAACCGUGUGAUCAUCAAAUUGGCUCCUGGUGUAUACAAUGAGAAAGUCACGAUCGACAUAGCUCGACCAUUCGUUACAUUGCUUGGUCAACCUGGUGCGGAAACGGUCUUGACUUACCACGGGACAGCCGCUAAGUACGGAACCGUAGAGAGUGCAACUCUUAUCAUCUGGUCUGAGUAUUUCCAGGCAGCUAACCUCAUCAUUAGAAACACUGCUCCAAUGCCGAAACCAGGAACACAAGGACAAGCUCUAGCAAUGAGGAUCAACGGUGAUAAAGCAUCUUUCUACAACUGUAGAUUCUACGGUUUUCAAGAUACUCUCUGCGAUGACAGAGGCAACCAUUUCUUCAAAGACUGUUACAUCGAAGGAACCUAUGAUUUUAUCUUCGGAAGAGGAGCUUCCUUGUACUUGAACACGCAAUUGCACGCUGUUGGAGAUGGGUUAAGAGUUAUCACUGCACACGGUAGACAAAAUGCGAAUGACCAAAGUGGAUACACGUUCGCGCAUUGCAAAAUCACUGGAACCGGAACCGGAAUUUAUUUGGGCAGGUCUUGGAUGAGCCACCCUAAAGUCAUCUAUGCAUUCACAGAGAUGACUAGCGUGGUCAACCCAUCUGGCUGGAGGGAAAACCUCAACAAGGGAUAUGACAAGACGGUGUUUUAUGGAGAAUACAAGUGCUUCGGACCAGGGUCACACGUAGAGAAGAGAGUGCCUUACACACAAGAUAUUGACCAAAACGAAGUUAGGCCUUUCCUCACUCUUGGUAAAAUUCAGGGUUCAAAAUGGCUACUUCCUCCUCCCAAAUACUGAAAAUUUUUCUUAAAGCAAAAAACUUGGCUGUGAGUUUGUAACUGUCCUUUGUUAGAGAUCAAAUGGAAUCCAUCUAUUAAUUUAUUCUUUUUGUAUUACUUGAGAUACGAAUACGAUUAAGAGUUUUCUGUCUCUUUAUAUAUAAAACUAUAGUGCAUCUCGCGUU